CCGCAUCAAUGAAGUAACGACACCUCACCUAUUUGUCUAGAGCUCCAAACCCCAAAGACAAUAUCCCUCUAGCAAAAGAAAGCUGCAGGAAAUGGCAGAAAACCACCCGCCUAAUCUCGGUUUCAAAGGAGACAGCAUCGAAGCGCAGCAUGCCAUUUUUGCCCUGCUCGCGGACAUGUUAAGCAACCACAUCCAAGUGAAAUACCAGUCAAUGCCAGUUUCUCCAUUUGACACCCAAAUGGGGGUCAUGUCAGCAGUUUUUGAUGCUCUGUUUAUAUACGCCACAACAUCAGUUGCCGAGGUUAUACUCCGAACGCAGAAAUCAUUCCACCAGAGACUUGUCGGCAAUAUUCGCCUCUAUGCUAGCGCCCUUGCUACAAUUCUGUUUCUGGUGAUUCUUUUCCUGAUUGUGUCCUGCAUAAUUCUGUCCUGUGGACCUGUUUGUGAAGUUAGCACAUGAAUCAUGUCAGGAUCUAUGCCAAUUGCUAAGCCAAACCACUGAUGAGGUACUGGACAUGUUGAAAAAGCUAAUUGCAAUUGCAAGGAGUCCCAAAGAGAAACCAAACCAGCCGAAUGUGGAGGUCCUUACAGGUCCCGAGACAGAUUAGGACGGUGUUAAGUCAUUGACUUGUUGCUCCUAGCCGCUUUUUGUAAUUUAUAUUGUGAAUAUAUAUUGUUUUCUUAACGCGUAAGAGAAUUAGAUGAAGGAUGGGAUGCCCUUGGCAUGUGAAAAUUGAAAGCUAUGACACACUUUUUAUGGGCCUUUUCUUCUUUUUGUUUGCCAGACUUGCAAAGUUAUCUGAGCUAGAUUUAUUUGGUGGUCGGCAAGCUCACGGAGGGGCUAAAUAGGAUGGAGUUUGUGCUUAGACCACCAGUUGAAGGCAUUCCUCACCCAAUGUAUGGUAGUGGCUCGCGUGACGAUAAUAAGAUAUACUUAUCUUUAUGGACUGGGCUGUCA